AUGUCAAACAGCAACAUUUCCGGCGCUUUUACAUCCAGUCUACCUGAUAACCACAUAGUUCAGGUGUUCAGCUCCAUGGAGUGUCUCCGUGCCGCUGCAAAUGAUGUCUUUUCAUCUCUUGAUAAGCAAGAAAGCACAAAUCAAUGGCUUCUUGUCUUUGGCCUCUCCAGUACAACCAUCAAACGCCUCGAAGAUCAUGAUUGUCUAGAGGGGAUCAAUUACCGGUUUCAGUGGGAAGGCACAAGUGGCUUGAUAAAAGUCAUCCCAACCGUCCACCAUGAAUCUGUCACCUCAAGGCUUAUGUUUUCUUUGAAUGAUGCUUUUGCUAGAAUAGGUCUGGACUGGCGCGACGCAGAAUGGGUUCGUGCUGCCACAUACAAGCCGAAUGCUACCAAAGGCAAAGAGGCCGACGAUGCCUUUGUCCCGCCCUCCCGUUGCACGCCCGACUUAGUUCGAUAG